AUGCUACCUUGUUCAUCCAGCAUUUCGCGAUUCAAGCAAAUUAUAAACCAUUCCAACCAAAAGGGAAUAAGGGACGAACAUCUUCAAGAGAACUCCAGGGAUAUCCUCAAAGAGUCGUCCGUGGAAGAUGCUGGUCCGUCUCUGAUGCUUAUCAGCGAGGCGGUCCAACAGCUUGUGGCAUUGGGUGGACUCCGCUGCGUCGUCUCCAAGUGCCAAGUCUCCACGAAGAGAACCGGCAACCCGCAGUCCAAGAAGCACCCCAACGAAGAGCAGCAUCAGGCCACGACCGCUCUUAUCACCUCUGCAGAAUUCUCCUGGGAAGGCAGGUUCCGGAGACCGACAGCAGUCUGCGCAAUCUGGUUCACCAAGUUCGCCAGGCAACCAGAAGAAGUACAGGAACAAGCGAGCGGUUCAAAUGGUGAGCCAGGAGAUGUUCUCUCAAUUCAAUACUGUGAAGCUGCUCAUAUCUACCCUUUUGCCUCCAUCAAGAAGAGUGGCACGAUCGUGACGAGCGUGCACGCUCUAAUAAAAGUUUUCGGACGGGGGACAGCUCAAAGAUUCACUGAUGCUCUCAGAAUGGUCGACCUGGACUCUACCGUCAACCUGAUCUGCCUUGACCAUAUUCCGCGUCGAAUGUUUAACGACGGCAGACUAGCCCUGCAGCCAAUCAAUAGAGGCACCCAAUCGAACGGCGACCACUUCAUUCGCUUGCGCGUGCAUUUGCUGCAGACACAGGCGAGGCAAUACGAACUACGCGCAUGGAGAAGCGAUCUGGCGCAAGAUCCCUAUGAGCUGCUGGAGAAUUUCCAGCUCGGCGACGACGAGCCUCAAAAACCCCGCCUCGUUUCUUCAGUGACCCAGCGCGGAAUUAGUGAUGGCCACAAAUUUGAUAUCACUGCAAAGACGCAAGAAGAUCUUCCAAAUUGGGACCUCGAACUCAGAUACCGCAUUAGUGUGAUGAAUCAUCUGAUUAGCGCUGCCGGUGUUUCAAAUGAGGAGGCUGGUGAAUCCGAUGAAGAAGUAUCUGAUGAGGAGUUCGAAGAUAUUGAUGUGGUCGAAGGUGCCAUCAGAAACCUAGAGGAAAUCGCGAAGCAGAGGUUGGAGGAGGCGGAUGAGGAUGAUGUU